AUGGGCAAUCACCAUCUAUCUGAGCUGUGCCUCCGCCACAUCGCCUUGAUGGAAAUAAAACUCAUCGACAUACAGACCAACACGAACAAGUGCGAAAACGCCGCCAUGACUACCAGUCUUGCUAUGGCUGAUCUGAUGAACAAGAUUGAUGCCAUCGGUGGACACCUCAUUCAGGACCUGACGGACGUCAUCGGUGUCUUACUCCUGGCGUUACUCGCAGCUAUGGUUCUGAACAUCGGUCUGGGCUACCAGGUGUGGAAGAAGGGCAGUUCCGUCAAGAAACACGCUGCCCUCCCGGGUGCCAUUUCGGAGUGA